GUUCACUACUUAAUAUUAAAAGAUUCUAAUGAAGAUUAUCAGUUCUUCACCAUUGAACCUGAGACAGGAAUUAUUUCCACCCAGGCAUCUUUUGACAGAGAGAAAAGAGCCUCUUACUUGAUUGAAGUUCAGUCUCAGGACUUAUCAGAGUCUGCUAGACCUGGCGUUCACGGGCAGCCCAACACAGACACAGCCUACGUGAGGAUUUUUGUCAGCGAUGUGAAUGACAACGCUCCGGCAUUUCCUCGGUCAGUGUAUGAGGUCAGCAUAGACGAGGACAGGGAUGUUGGAAGUCCUGUUGUGACAGCAACAGCAGAUGACAAAGAUGAGGGUGCAAAUGCCAAACUAAGGUAUCAGAUCACUUCAGGAAAUGUGAGAGGGGUUUUUGAUGUGGAACCUGAGAUUGGAACUGUCUUCAUUGCUCAGCCUCUGGAUUUUGAACAAGAACAACAUUAUGAGCUCCGGCUUGUAGCUUCUGAUGGAAAAUGGGAAAACCACACUCUUAUCAUCAUCAAUGUUGUCAAUAAGAAUGACGAAGCACCAAUCUUCACUCAGAAUGAAUACCAGGGCAGUGUCUUGGAGGAGCUCACAGAUCUGCCUGUACUUGUCCUAAAG